GAACAGCACUGUAUUUUAGGUUCUAUAUUCAUACUGAAUACAUGUGGCAAUUAUUACUAUUUGAUCUUCACCUAUAUUUUCAAUGUCUCAUUUCGCCGUGUGGUGGCGUUGUAUACGCUUGAGACCGAGAAGUAGUGUCAAAAUUGUUAUCAUUUCCCGAGGAAUUAGUUUGUUUAUUUACAAUGCCAAGAUGUUCAGCAUCAAGUUGUCGCAAUAUGGGUUCACAUACAUUUCCAAAAGAUCCCAAAUUACGUAGAUUGUGGGAAAAGGCGACAAACAAGGAAAACUUUAAAGCGUCCAAGCAUUCGAGGUUAUGUUCUGCUCAUUUUACGGAAAGCGAUUAUAUUGAUGUGUGUUUAUCAACAGGUAUGACGCCUUUCCACAGGUAUUUAAAGAAAACAGCUGUCCCAUCGAUAUUUCCCUGCCCCUACCAGCGCAAGCCGAGAGAUACACCUACACCAAAAAAAUGCGUUGAGAGCGAAACGGCAGCUUCACCAACUGAGGGACCUGUUGAAGUGAAGGUAGAAGAGAAAGAGACCAGUUCUACAGAAAGCAGUCAAUCACUAGGAUUCAGAUCUAUGAGACUGAAGAACAGAAAAGCAUACUUGGCCAAGCGCAGAUGCUCAGUACCUCAGUGUAAUGCAAGACCUACAAGUGAGAUCUCCCUUCAUCCAUGCCCAAAUAACGCAGCAGUCCGGAAUGAGUGGGCUGAAGCUCUCAGGGUCAGCUACCAAUAUGUCAAGAACAUGGUGGCUUGCAGUUUACACUUCACGAAACUAGACUUUAUGUCCUCAAAUAAUGGGGAGCGAGUACUCAAAUACAAUGCGGUACCAUCAAGGAAUCUGCCGCAUCGAAAAAAAGUUGUGCCCAAACACAAACCCGUGGUGAAAAAGGAGAUUCCUUUGAAAACAUAUGAGGGGCCGAAGAAAAUGACUGAAUCUGUGGAAGAAACAAAAGAGGUUGUAUCAGGACAAGUGGUACGUGAAUGUCGCGCCUGUCUGCAAAAAUUGGACGAUAAAAAAAGCUGUUGUAAUGUUUUCCAACCCUGGGCUCCUCCCUGGGAGGGCAUGGAAGCCACCAUAGCUGAGGAUCUAGCUAAAUUAGCCAAUGUUGAGAUAUCGGAAACAGACAGACACUCAAAGAUUCUAUGUGCACCGUGCUAUCAGAAGUUACUGGAUGCUGCAACGUUUGCAUCCGAUGUGCGAAAGUGCGACCUACUGCUAAGAAUGAGGUUCACAGACGAUAUAGACAGGGAACGAGUCUGGCCAAAACCUAUACAAGUUGACAAAAACAUUAAUGGUUCCGUAUUUAAUACGACAAUGGAUAUAGAAAUUAAGCAGGAAGUGGUUUCCGAUGAAGAGUAUCCUCCCAAUGGACCUGAUAAUGUUUAUGUAGAUAAUGAAUUAGCGAAUUUGGAUAUUAAAAUUGAACCUGAAGAGUUUGUGGAGCCUCCACCAAUGAAUAUUACUAUUAAUGGUACAAUAUCAUUAGAUCCAUUGAAUUCUGAGAAUAAAGACUUGAAAAUUGCCACAGAACUAUUCCAGGACACACAAUUUUUGGAGACAGAAGUGAAACAGGAGCCUACGAGUGAGGGAGAACAAGAGUGUGAUCAAGCUCCCGACCUGUCACUUGAGUGUAUGCUGUGCACCAAGUCUUUCAAUAGUGUUACUGGACUCAAGGCUCACGUGAUAGCCCAACAUUCCUAUAAGACUGUGAAGAGAAAGUCGGACGGCAGCGUGUCGCCUGAGAAGAAACGCCAGGACAAACACCAGUGCAGGAUUUGUAGGCGGAAUUUCCUAACAUCAACGGACCUAAUGGUGCACGAGACUUGUCACAACAAGCAUGCUUGCUACAGCUGUCACAGCCAGUUCGAUACCUUCGAGCUGCUCACCAAGCAUCGCAAGCGGUGUAAGGCCAGCGCUGCCAACGCUGUGCAGAAGCUGAAGACCUUGGAUGAUGUUAAGAGACCACUGCCAGAAGAGAAAACCGAAUAUUUAGAAAUAGAAAUAACGAAACUGGAAUCUGAAGCAAUUAAGCCAGAGACGGAAGAUGUAGAAAUGAAGGAAUUGAACAGUGACCAUAAAGAAGAAACUACUGAACAAGAGAGCCCAGUAGAACAUGUUCAAGAAACUAGUGAAGUGAAUGAAGAACAGAGUGAUUUAAAAACUAUUAGUGAUAAUAAUAAUACCGAACUUAUUAGUGAUGUGAAAACUGUGGGAGAAAUUGAUGAAGAAUCUGAUGCCAAUAUGAAACUACAUUUAGAAAUCGUAUCAACGAAAGGCGGGGCUGAGGCCAGUUUGUGUGAUACUGAUAUGCAAGUGGAGACUUUGCAGAAUGAUGACUGUCUUUAGAAAUAUAUGAGUAGAGAAUACAAAAGAAGAAAGAAAGAAGAGGCAGUUUUAAUCGUCUUAUGCUCAUAAUUUGCCAUUAGAGACGAAUGGAAGUCCUUUGGAUAGAAAUGUCUAUAAAAAUGCUGGAUUUGAAAGUCUUCCUUCUUAUAUAUUAAAUGGAAUCGCAAUAAUUGUCCCACCUACACUGUAAACAUCAUAAUAUUUUAUUAAUUGAUCAAGAAGUUCUCAGAGGUGGAGUACCUCUGUCUAUUUAGGAAAACUGCCAUAAUAAUGGUUAAUAGUUACAGACAAAUAUACAAUGUCUUGUGAGACACGAUAUGCUUCAAAGCAUCACCCAAGAGGCGGAAAUCGUUUUAAAGUAAGAGACCCAGUCAGUGAGACAUAGCUACGCGAGGGGUGAUCAGAAAUCAGAUGCGAGUUGCCAUCGACUUUGGCGGGAACUGUACACUUUAGAUUAAUUCUAUGUUUGCAUGUAAACUUGCGAAAGCGGUUAUGGCAUUGGAAAGCAAAAACAAAUGUGCCUGCAUGAUGUAGUCAUUUCUGAACGAGGUUCUAUUGUGAUCAACAUUUAUUUUAAUUUGUAAAAUAAAAUGUAUGCCUGUUUUAUGAAACUUGUCAAUGUAAUACUGUUUUAGUAUCUACUAUUGUUUUAAAGCUUGGCCUAACUUAAUUGUCUAAUGACUAAAGGAUUUAAUUUUACUUGUUUGGCAUAUUUUUUACACUGACUCAGAUGUUAUCGAUAUUAUUGGUAUGAUGUAAAUAUUUUGUGAAACUUUUAGGUUAUGAUUAUUGUGAUGUAUGAAAUAAUGAUUUCCUGUAAAAUAUAUUGUUGCAUUUCGCAUAAGU